UACCCCAUUGAUUGAUUUGGAGCACCUCAGUUGAAAUUUCCCCAUUUCAGAGGUUUACAACACCGUUAUAACCUCCAGAAUGACUUCUAUUCUGAGUCUUACAAUGCCGCGUUUUGAACCAGCAUAUGUCCGCACGCUCCAUUCCGUUGCUUUGUUCCCACCCAAAGCCGAUCCUGCUGCAGGGAGGAGCUAGCAGAGUGCGGCUGAGCCGAGCCGAGCAUCACAACUCGCAUACGAGGAAACGGGCAAACACAGCACUUUUACCAUCCCCGACUUCCGACUGUGUUCUGGCCUACGUGCAAAAACAUGCCUGCUGCGAGAAAUUGAUAUGGACUUUCGUUGAAACGGCUUACCUUGUGGAAGUGGACCGUCGCUUAGCAGGCAGAGGAGCUGCUCGAUUGUUUCCUGCGCCAAGAACUGUCAAGACAUGGUCAUUACACCACCGCAUCUGUGAUGACAACCGAGCAUCAAGUAAGCGGCUAAUCUGCAGAUCUACCAUGUCCCACUCGCAGCGAGGCGCGCACGGCCGCGCCAUGAGCUCUGAGGAGAAGAACCCCGGGAUGGUCAACAAAACCUCCACGCCGGUACACAAGAGCGCGUCGUCCUCAUCCUCAUCCCAACGUGACAGUCGGCAGGAGGCAGACAGCUGGGAAAUCAUCGAGGGGCUGAAAAUCGGUCAGAGCCACGUCCAGAGGCCAGAUAAACACGAAGGUUUUAUGCUGAAGAAGCGGAAAUGGCCUCUGAAAGGCUGGCACAAGCGUUUUUUUGUUUUGGACAAUGGUAUGCUGAAGUACUCCAAGUCCCCCAUUGAUAUCCAGAAACGCAAACUGCAUGGCAGCAUCGACGUCGGCCUCUCUGUGAUGUCCAUCAAAAAGAAGGCUCGCCGUAUCGACUUGGACACGGAGGAGCAUAUCUAUCACCUCAAGGUGAAAUCCCAAGACAUCUUCGACGCCUGGGUGUCCAAGCUACGACAUCACCGCCUUUACCGACAGAACGAGAUCGUCCGAUCUCCUCGGGACGCCUCCAUGCGGAUGUUCCCUUCGUCUGCCGUCGCAGAGUCCCCGCAAGCGGCUUCGAGCGUCGGACAUGACGCCAAGCAUGCGAAAGGCAGCGGGUCGCCAUGGCAAACAUCAGCGACCACCCACAGCAGCUUGCCCAUCUCCUACAGCAACGGUCAGAGCAAGGUGGCCGCCUGGCUGCAAGAAUCCGAGGAGAUGGACAAAUGUGCAGAAGAUCUCGCUCGAUGCCAGUCCAACCUGACUGAGUUGAGUGGACUCUUGAAGAGUUUGGAGAUUCUACAAAGGACUCAGUCGGCACCUAACUUUGCAGAUAUGCAGACCGCUUGCGUAGAAUUGUCAAAGAAAGAAAAGCGCAUGAACAGAAGAUGGAGGACAAAAAGUGUCGGCAAAGAUGCUAAGUUCCAGCUUCAGGUCCCGCUGUCAUCCAGCAUGUCGCCUGUCCGCCUCCACUCAUCCAACCCUAACCUCUGCGCCGAGCUGGGGGACUUCCAAGCUCCCGCCUCCCGGCUGACAGACAGCGUUGAGUCCACCUGCGACUACAUUAAACUACAAGAGGAAUUCUGCACCAUUGCCCAAAAAGUCCACACUCUGCUCAAGUCGGCCUUCAACACGGUAGCCAUAGAAAAAGAAAAGAUCAAGCAGAUUCUGUCGGACCAAGACCAGUCCGACCCAUCGACCCAGAUCCACUCCCUCAGGAAGUCUCUGUCACAGGCCAUGACCCAAAACGCAGAACUACGAACCCGGUUGAACCGCAUCCACUCAGAGUCUGUCCUGUCGGAGCAAGUCGUCAGCGUGAAUAUCAUUUCCACUCCUGAUGAGGUAGUAGAGCAGAUGGGAAUCCCGCUGACUCAGCAGGCCUCUAAUGAGAGCCGGCUCUCCAUGUCGGAGUCUGUUUCCGAGUUUUUUGACGCCCAGGAAGUGCUCCUAUCGGCCAGCUCGUCAGAGAAUGAGGGUUCAGACGAUGAGUCAUACGUCAGCGACGUGAGCGAUAACAUCUCAGAGGACAACGCCAGCGUGACCGACAACGUUUCCAGACAAAUGGCUAACGGAGACUUUGCCGGCUGUGCCUUCCGUAACGGACGGCGCAGCUGUCUACCGGCGCCCAGCCCCGACACGGGUAACAUCAACUUGUGGAACAUCUUGCGAAACAACAUCGGCAAGGACCUGUCCAAAGUCUCCAUGCCCGUGGAGCUCAACGAGCCUCUCAAUACGCUGCAGCGCAUGUGUGAAGAGAUGGAGUACAGCGAGUUGCUGGACAAGGCUGCUGAGACGGAGGAUCCCUUUGAACGCAUGGUUCUGGUCGCCGCCUUCGCUGUCUCAGGCUACUCAUCCACUUACUACCGAGCAGGAAGUAAGCCAUUCAACCCACUCCUCGGAGAGACGUACGAAUGUAUAAGAGAGGACAAGGGCUUCUGUUUUUUCUCAGAACAGGUAAGCCACCACCCUCCCAUCUCCGCCUGCCACUGCGAGUCCAAGAAUUUCACCUUCUGGCAAGAUGUGAGAUGGAAAAACAAAUUCUGGGGGAAAUCCAUGGAGAUCUUGCCAAUUGGGACAGUGAGCCUCAUGAUUCCCAGGUUUGGAGAUCACUACGAAUGGAACAAAGUCACCACGUGCGUCCACAACAUCCUCAGCGGGCGUCGGUGGAUCGAACACUACGGCGAGAUCACCAUCAGGAACACAAAAAGCAGCGCUUGCCUCUGCAAACUCACUUUCGUCAAGGGGAACUACUGGAGUUCUAAUGUUAAUGAGAUCCAAGGAUUUGUGAUGGAUCAGGAAGGGAAAGUCAUCCACAGGCUUUUUGGGAAAUGGCACGAGGGGGUUUACUGUGGCGUCCCACCUUCUGCCAAAUGUAUCUGGAGGCCAGGCUCCAUGCCCACCGACUACGAGCUAUACUACGGCUUCACCAGGUUUGCCACUGAACUCAACGAACUUUGUCCCGAUCUUAAAGACGUCCUGCCGCGAACGGACGCACGCUUCAGACCCGAUCAAAGGCACUUAGAAGAGGGGAACUUGGAGCUGGCCUCUUCCGAGAAGCAGCGAAUUGAAAACCUGCAGAGGACCAGGAGGAAGUGGAAUGAAGAUAAUAAUAUCAAACAGGAGCCCCGCUUCUUCAAGAAAGUGGUUGACGCUAAUCACAGGGAACGAUGGGUCUCCAACAACUUAUACUGGGAGCUGCGCAAGAACCCUGGUUUCAUCAACAUGGAGCCUACAGUGAGCCUGUGGUAACACACGGCCCUUCGCUCCGCUCUCCACAUUCAGCGUCUGACUGCACACUUAAGAUGUGAGGAGACUCAUUAAAACAAGCACUUGGACGCGAGCGACAACCCCCCCAUUGAAGGAAACCUCACGGUCACCUUCACCGUCCUUGCAAAGGUUAUGUCGAAUUUUACUCAGCUUCUCUAACGACUCCCAAGUCGGCCUUAAACGCGGACGGCUAUACUUAGCUACGACCACAUGCAUGCUUAGAGAGCUUUCACUGGCUUCCAGCCAUACUUAUUACAUCGUUAAUGUUGUAGAAAAAUAGAUAUUUUUAUAAAAUAUCUUGGCAGAUUUUAUUUAUUUUUUGCCUUUUAAUACGGUUUGUGACGGGGAACAAGUUGUCAAACCACACAGCUGAGGAUCUAAUGACAUGUGAAGAUGUUCAGCGGGGCCCACCCACACCCACACACGUCACACACAUUUUCUAUUACUAACCACUUAUCAACUGUGGCUAAAUCUGGAGCACCCCAAUCCAAAUUGCUUUGACGUCAGAGCCGAGAGAGGUCCUGGCAAACAAUCUCAUUCAUUCAUUGACUGAAAAAGAC